UGAACGCUUGCUUUUCAACGUAUUAUUUUACGAGCAUCUUAGAGAUCUUGAUGUGGGCUACUCUCAUUUCCUGAUCGGAAACCGCACUGAUUUCGUAAAAUUGAUUAAUAAAACCAGGAAAAAUUAAGAUUUCAGAAUGGGAAAAGGCGGAAAGCGACCAGAAAAUGGUACAUCAAAGGUUUAUCAAUGGAAUGAGAUUGAAAAGCAUAGUAAACGGGACGAUACUUGGAUUGUGAUCAAGGGAAAAGUUUAUGACGUGACGAACUUCAUGACAAGGCACCCAGGGGGAGCGCGGAUUUUAGGGUCGUAUGGGGGUCAGGACGCGACGGAUGUCUGGACAAGCAUGCAUAAUGAUAAAGAAUUUGUUGGAAAGUACAUGAAACCACUUUGCAUCGGUGAAGCAGAAACUGUAAAAGAGACCGAGCUUGAACAAGACUUCCGUCAACUCCGCCAGUAUGUUGAGGAAAAUGGUCUCCUGCGGGUAAACCCAAUGUUCUACGUGUGGAAUCUCAUCAGCAUACUGGCCCUUGAAGUAAUCGGGUAUCACAUCCUGUCGCGGUUUGGGACAUCCUGGGUACCAUACAUCGCCGCUGCAGCUUGUUUCCUCAUCUCCCAGGCGCAGGCAGGAUGGCUACAACAUGACUUUGGUCAUCUCUCUGUGUUCAGAAGCCGUAAGCUGAACCACAUAGCACAUCACCUGAUUAUAGGACAUUUAAAGGGUGCGUCUUCCCAUUGGUGGAAUUUCCGCCACUUUCUCCAUCAUGCCAAGCCAAACAUCAUCAAAGUGGAUCCAGACAUUAAAACUGCCAACCUGUUUCUGAUGGGGGACGUCCUGCCGAAACUGUGGGGUGAAAAGAAGCGAGGAUUUAUGCCGUACCAUUUUCAGCACAUCUACUUCUUAUUGUUGAGCCCUCUUCUACUGCCGACAUAUUUCGUGUAUGAGAACCUCUUGUUUGUGAUUAAAAGGAGGGACUAUUGGGACUUGUUUUUCACUGUGACAUUUUUCUGGAAGAUGUUUGGAGUGCUCUCCCCUGUUUUGGGCGUGGCUGGAACGUUUUGGUUCUUCAUGUUUGUCAGGUUCUUUGAAAGCCUGUGGUUUGUCUGGUGCACUCAGAUGUCUCACAUUCCCAACGAAGUGGAUUUCGACCACUCCAAGAACUGGUUCCAGCUUCAAUUGGACUCGACGUGCAACGUGACUCCAAGCUUCUUUAACGACUGGUUCUCGGGACAUUUGAACUAUCAAAUUGAACACCACCUGUUUCCCAUGAUGCCCCGCCACAAUUUUGCUAUGAUCGCACCUCUAGUGAAGUCACUGGCAAAGAAACAUGGCGUGAACUACAGAUGCAAAGAUUUGCUCACUGCAUUCGGUGACAUCUUUAGGUCUUUGGAACACUCGGGGGAGCUAUGGUACAACGCUUACUAUGAGGGCAUCACCCAGUAAAAUCCCUUAAUUUUCCUGUUCAUUUGUCAAGGGAGCUUACUCUGUGUGGCAUACUGUUUUCAAGGGAGUUAACUUAAAUAGAGCAGCGCUCUGGGAAAAAAGACCUUAAUGCAUGAGCUUAAAGUGCCAUCCCAGAUACAUCAGGGGCGGCUCUUUCUGCUCUUAACAAAAGCAUGUCUAGGCGGAAAGUGUUGUCCCAGAUUAGACUGUGCAGACUGCAUAGGGUGAUAUGGGAUGACACUAUUUCUCAUUUUGAUACACCCGGAGUUAUCAAGUAGUCGGUUAAGAUAUUGUGCUCUGGUGUGGUAUCAAAUUACUGAAGGUGUAUAUCCCAUACAUUAUCAGUUACUAACACUGUAACUAAUAUUACCCACAAGUCCUGUUUUCCCAGAUCGAGGCUCAACACAUUCCUCAGAAGACUUUUUUAAUAGUGAAACUUGAUUAAACCGGAACAUUUGUUAACAAGACUAUUGCCAAGCAAUAUAUGUCCCCUGCCAGCUCCACCAUUGUCAGAUUAUUUUUUUUGUUGCCAUAGUAACCAGAAUUUUUUACGUGCAUAAUGUCCAUAUUGCCAUCUAUCCAUGUUUCAAGUUUCAUGAACAAAUAUGAAGAACUUUUAACGUUAUCGCAGGAUCCAGAAAACCACCAUUUUCAGCAGUAUUUCUCGUCUAUUUGUUGCCAUAGCAACCAGAUUUGUUGACGUAGGAACAAAAUUAAAUGAUGUGCAUAAUGUCCAUAUUGCGAUCUAUCCAUGUUUCAAGUUUCAUGAAAAAAUAUUAAGAACUUUUAAAGUUGUCGCAGGAUCCAGAAAAGUGACAGACAGACUCACAAAGCGAAAAUUAUAAGUACCCUCCGGUGAAACCAGUAGGGGACAACAAGAAUCUGCUAAUCCGAACAUCAUUGUCUUUUUCAAUACUUGUACUUGUUUUUUUACCAGAGGGAAUUAACUGUUUUUUCUUUCAAGACAUGUUUUAAUGGAAUGUGAACAAUGAUACUCAAUAGUUGAUAGGAAUUUUUUUUAUAGUAUUUUUUAGUUAAAAACUAAAAUAGAGCUUUGAUAAAUAUUCAUUUUAGUAACUCUCACACUAGGACCUUUUGUCAAAAGUAGUUAUUUUAUAUCUUUAAGAUUAUAUUGAUGCCUCAAUUGAAUAUCAGAAAAUGCAUAAGCAUGUUUUGUAUUAGUUGAAGAUACAGGGUUUGGGGUUAGGGAACCAGACUAUUCAACAUUUGCCAAUAAAAGAAAUUAAUAUUAACAUCAGGAAAACCAGUGUUAACUUAAUUAUCAUGAAGCAUCUUUUUCGAAUUUGUAUCCUGGGGAAAAAUGGUUGUUCUUGGUGUUAAAUUAAUUGUCAACACAAUUAUUUAUUUAAUUUCUAUAACAAUAUUUAUUAUUUUAUUGUAAAGUGAUUCAUGAAGUCUAGUAGUAUUAAAUGAAGAAAACUUUUCCUCUUUAAGUCUUUUUAUGAAGUGCUCCCGCAAUCCUUUUUUACAUAUACAUGUAUGUCUCAAUUUUAUAUAAAUUUUUAGUAAGUUUUACAUUCAGUUUUGUAUGUUUUUUAUGAACAUUCUACAUGCAGUAUGUAAACUUGAUAUUAUUAAAAUGGUGUAAACAUGUGUUAAAGGGGCCUUUUCACAGAUUUUGGCAUGUUUUGAAGUUUGUCAUUAAAUGCUUUAUAUUGAUUAAAGUUUACAUUGGAUAUAAAACGCUCCAGUAAAAAAUCAAGAAUAAAAUUAAAAAAAGAAAAAAAGGUAACCCUCAGCAGGGCUCGAACCACUGACCCCUUUACUCUUGGAGUAAAAAGAUUACCACUUAGACCACUCGACCAUCCUUCCGAAUACAAUGCAAGAUGUAGUUUGUACUAAAUAUAAUCUAGUUAAUUAGAUAACAUAUACAUGUAUGAACUAUAUGCUUUUUAUAAUGAUGUCAUAUAUUAUUUUGGUUAUAUGUUAAUUUUAACGCCAAAUAGUAUGUAACACUUUGACGUUGUUGCAAUUGACGUCAUGUGACUGUGACAUCAUUUCCUUUAUCUUAUUACAAAAUGUUUACUCCUGAUUAAGGCCUUUGACCGAAACGUUGUGUGAAUAGAUAUUGAAAAACAAUGAAUUUGUUUCUCUGUUUUAUAUAAUUAUUUAUUGGAUACUUAAUAUAGGCAAUCCUUGUAGUUUCACAAAAUAUAACGACAACAACAGAACUCUCCAAAUUAUUAAUUCGUUUCGCGUUGCAACGCUUUAUAAUUUUCGGGUUUUUAAAAACGGUAGUCAAAAGAUGCAUAUAAUGGUUAUUUUAGAGCAUGGUAAAUGUUCAUUAUUGCUGUUUCCUCACAAAUAUCAUAACUUAAACGAAAAUUUGCGAAUCUGGAACAAUUUUUUUUUAAUUUUGUCAAUUUACCCAAACGUGAAAAGGCCCCUUUAAACUCUCAUGUAUUUGUGAAUGCGUAUGUUUUGGGCAGAAUGACUGUUAAAUUUAUUUUCCUAAAUUCUUAUGUUUGAUUGUUACUGAUUUACUGUUUAAUUUUUUAUGUACAACAUGUUUGUAUUAUUUAUUAUGAUCAUUAUUUGUAUCAGUAUUUUAUAUCCGUCUGUGAUAUCUUUGUUAAUUAAUUUUUCAAUCAUCUUCUAUGAAAAAUAUUUAUUCCGGCUCUGAUUGAACUCUCUCUUUGUUUUUUUGAAAGCUCACGUACGUACCGGUAUGUAAUCAUAUUAUUGUUAUCAUAAUACUUGUUUCAUAAAAUUGUUCAGGGGUUUUGAGAUUUUUAAUUUGAACUGUUCACAUGCAAAUGUCCCUGUAAAGUCAUUUGAUUUUUAGGUAGGUAUUCAUAACCUUUGUUCUAGCCAUUCUAAGUGAUAAAAUGUACUUUGAGAAACGGAACAAAAUCCAUGUAAACAAUUUUCUGCAAACAUGAAUCAUGAUAGUUUCAGGAUUAAUUACUAUUGUUUUCUUUUUUCAGUAUUGUACAAGGUGAGCACAUCUGGGCCUAGGGUCCUCUAGUUCAAUUUUAUGUUUAAACUAUAAACUCGACUGAUACAAGUUUUCAGAACACCAUACUGCAUAAUAGCCUUAAUGUUUAGUCUCAAAUUAAGAUGUUACCUACAUGUUUGCAAUAUUUCUUUGUAUCUCAGACAAUGUUUUGAUAUAGAUCUUUCUUACAAGGUUAAUAAAAUCUGUUACAAAAUA